ACAAUGGCAGCACUCCGCACUCUCCCCCGUCUCACAGCCAGCCUCGCCCCACGAGCAGCCACACGAGUACCAACGUCCAUAACCAAACGCUUUCUCAACACCGACACCGCGCCGAUCCUCUACACCGCCCACACGCGCACGACGGGUGCCCGCAACGGGCACAUCGAAGGCGCGGAGGGCCUCGUGGUCGACCUGACCAUGCCGUCCGCGCUCGGCGGGAAAUCCGUCAAGGGCAAAACCAACCCAGAAGAGCUCUUCUCCGCAGGCUACGCGGCGUGUUUCCAGAGUGCGAUGAACAUCACCGCGAAACAGAUGGGCGUGAAGAUCCCGGAGGAUAGCACGAUCGAGUGCGAUGUGCACCUUGUGGGCAGCCUCAAGGAGGUGGAUUUGGGGAUUCGCGUCGAUAUGAAGGUUACAGCCAAAGGAGUGGACAAGGCGAAGUUGGAGAAGGUCAUUGCUCGCACGAAGGAGGUUUGUCCCUAUUCGAGGGCUACUAAGGGAAAUGUAACGACGACGGUGGAGGCCGUGGUUUGAAGUUUUGGUUUUUUAUGAUUUAUUAGGGCUUUUUGGAGGACUACUAGGUGGGAUCUCAGAUCAUAUCAGUAUGGCCUGAGGAUAUGAAUUGAUGGAUGCAACAUGAUGAAUUGGCAUUUUCAACGUCACCAACAUGUAUGUUGACGAGAGCGCGUGUCUCGAAGCUGGAGGAGUUGAGUUCAGGUGCCCAAGUACGCUGCUGCACGUGCCGAUUUAGAAACGUGACUGCACGGCGAUACAUUGAUUCAGCUGUCCACGCGAGCUCUUGCUCGCUUAGGUACUCCACCUCCGAACUUCAGCCGCACUCCGGAAUUAAGUGGAGGCCGCGAUACGACUAUGAGACUCCCCGCAGGUGAUUCCCACGAAUACUCGAAGUUAAGUUGUUCCAUCGAUGA